ACGGAGCUGCACGGGGCUGCCGGCGAUGGCGACGCGGAAGAGGUGAAGAGGCUGCUCACUAGUGGGCUGGACGUGCACGAGGUGGACAAUGGAGGGCUGACAGCGCUACACGUCGCUGCUGAAGAAGGAUAUGUGGAGGCAGCAAGGCUGUUGUGCUCGCACGGUGCAGACCCCUGCGCAGCGUCAAAGAUAGGGCAAGAGACGUGUCUUCACUUUGCGGCUAGCGAAGGGCAUCUUCAGUGCGUUGAAGUG